ACAGCCCUGCGACUCACACAGGGAAGGAGGAGAAAUGAAACUCAGCUGUAUUAUUGAAGAAACCCAUUGCACAACAAGGAGGGAGGGAGCCAGCAGUGCCCGGCAGGACUGACCUAUACCCUACAUACUCUGCGAGGGUAUAUAUAAAAUAGCUUAUAUCCAGCCUCUUGCAGGGAUUGUAUGACUACCGGCUGUAACCUUGCAGAAAGAGAAGGGGGCAGGGAGUUGGCACUAAUCAGAAAGCACACAGGAGCAGCUCAGACAUACAAUAAUAGACCCCAAGAGGGCACAGUAAUUACAUUUAUAGUAGAGCAUUGCCUGGCACACACAGGGUGCACACUGGGAGCUGUGUGUGUUUCCCUCAGGGAUUGCUGGAUUCAGGGUGUGGGUCUUUGUCCUGGCUCACACAGUGCUCUCUCUCAGUCUCUGGCUGUAGUUGCCUAUUCUGCUCACUAGCCAGCCCCAGCCUGACGGUGCCCAGUGCCUGAUUUCUGAGUGUCACUGUGUGGGCAGCCAUGGCCAGGUGGACGAUAUAUGCGACUGGCACCCUGUCCCUGCUGCUACUCAUCGUUAGCAUUGCCUUGCUGAUUGCUCACACCUUUAUGGGCAUUGUUGAGGAGAAGAUCAAACAGGCCACGGUCCUAAAAAAUGGAACAGAAGUCUAUGAGGAUUGGGUCAACCCUCCACCUCCCAUAUACAUGCAAUUCUACUUUUAUAAUGUCUCUAACCCAUUGGAGGUUCUAUCUGGGGAGGCACCAGUUCUUCAAGAAGUUGGCCCUUAUACUUACAGGGAAUAUCGAAUCAGAGAAAAUAUUGUGUUUCAUGAAAAUGGCACUACCGUGUCAGCGGUUAAUCCAAAAACCUACAUAUUUGAAUCUGACAAGUCUGUGGGAAAUCCUCAAACAGACCUGAUCCGAACACUGAAUAUUCCUGUUGUGACAAUAAUGGAAAAGUCCAAAGAUAGUCUAUCUAUAUUAAAGCAAACAUUUGAAGCGGCACUCAGAAUUACAAAAGAGGGAAUGUUCAUCACUCGUUCGGUUCACGAUUUGCUGUGGGGCUACAGGGACCCAGUUCUUGCUAUGAUUCAUGCCCUGUAUCAAAAUAUUAGUGAAGAUUUUGGUCUGUUCUACCAGAUGAACGCCACAGGUGAUGGUAAAUAUGAAUAUCUGAGUGGGUCAGCAGACUACAUGGAAUUUACCCAGAUUCUGGAAUGGAGAGGAAGCAAAUCGCUUGAGUGGUGGACAUCUGACACGUGUAAUAUGAUUAAUGGAACAGAUGGUACCUCCUUUCAUCCACUGGUAGACAAAGAUGACACUAUUUACAUAUUUUCAUCAGACCUGUGCAGAACAUUGCCCACAGUUUAUGAAAGUAGCAGAACGGUGAAAGAUAUCCCAGUGUAUCGAUUUGCUCCUUCCCAGAAUACAUUUGCCAAUGUGUCUGUGAAUCCUGAUAAUGCAGGUUUCUGUGUACCAGCAGGCAAUUGCCUUCCAUCUGGCCUACUAAAUGUCAGCAAAUGCAAGCAAGGUGCUCCAAUUAUACUUUCGUCCCCUCAUUUUUACCAAGCUGAUGAAAGUAUCGUUAAGAGUAUAAGCGGCAUGAAUCCCAAGAAAGAGAAUGAUGAAACGUUUUUGGAUAUCAAUCCGCUCACUGGUUUAUUAAUUCAAGCUGCUAAACGAAUUCAAAUCAAUGUUCAUGUGAGAAAAAUUGAAGGAUAUGAAGCUGUUACACAAAACAUACAGACUCUGUAUUUCCCUGUGAUGCAUCUUAAUGAGAGUGUCCUGAUUGAUGACAAAUCUGCAGAGAAACUGUCAAAGAUUCUCUUAACUUCCAGAGUCGUAUCCAACAUCCCCUUCAUAAUCAUGGCGAUUGGAAUUAUAUUUGGUAUAGUAUUUAUUGUACUGGUUUGCCGAACAAACCGAGACAGGGAAGAGGGUUCUGAGGAAGAAAGGGGACCUCUUGUAAGAACAUCCUAAAAUGCCUGAUACACCGCUUAUAGACUAUGCAAAAUAGCCACAACCUGCACUACUACAAGAGAUGAUGGAUGGUCCUUUACACUGCAGAUACAGAAAUAACUAGUGGACAAGGAAACCGUGGAGUCCUUUCUUAAGCUACAUUUGUUUUGUCCUUCACUCUGUAUAGUUACAAUUAAUAAGUAUUUUACAGUAAUUUGGCAUGCUGCAGCCCAUGUGCCUCGUUUAUUAGAUGAUGCUUUUAAUUUGUUUUACAUUUAGGGUAUAUAGGUUAAGCAAUGCAAGAUAUUUUACAUUUGUGUAUAGAAUAAUACUGUGACUAUUAAAGGGAAGUUAGUCUGUUCUCCUUAGGAGAGAUGGAUGGCAUGGCUGUAAUUAAUCUGAUAAGAAUUGGUCACUAGGAUUUCAUUACUUUGCCACUAGAUCAGGGGUAGGAAUCCUUUGGCACUCCAGAUGCUGUGGACUAAAUCUCCCAUGAUGCUUUUCUAGCAUUAUGACUGUAAGAGUAUUUGGGAGAUGUAGUCCAAAACAUCUGGAGUCCACAGGUUACCUAACUCUGCCCUAGAUCCUCUUUCGUGGCAUGCUUGAUCUCAAAGAAUGUAUUACAGCCAAAACUCUCUUUAUAAGUUCCAUGAUCACAGAAAUGAAGGCAUUGGCCAAUACUCUUUAGAACAGAUAUGCUCCCAUUGUCCUCUCUAGAUAAAAUCUUCAGCUGUUGUCAGACUUACUG